AUGGCUGCCGACGCCUCGACCACCGCCAAUGGUGCUGCCUCCAAGUCUCUCGCCGCCAUGCUGGAGGAGCAACACACUCGCGAUCAAGACCACCAUGCCACCGUUGAGGAGGUCAUCGAUGAGGAAGAUCUCAAGCACCCACCGCCGUCAUCUUUGGUGAACAACGCCCCUGUCUUGGAAUCAUCCACACCGGCCGAGACCACCACCCCAGCCCCAAUUCCGAAGCCCGCGAAGAAGACACCGGCUUUUGAUGUACAGUCAGAGGAGCUCUUCCCCGCUCUGGGCAGUGGCCCUAAGCCUGCUGCUCCUGCCGCAGCUACUUGGGGUGCGAAGAAGCCAUCUGCCGCUGCCGCCGUGGCUCAUGGCCAGGCCGCUAAGCCAAUGGAUAUUCCCCGAGUCAUGUCUCUCCCCGGAAAGCACAUGGAGCAGCUUCGUCUUGCCCCCUCUCAGAUGCUCCCCCGCGGACAGAUGAAGAAACCCCUCCAAGAUAUCCUUCGCGACAUUUCGCGGAGAUCCAAGGCUACUGUGACUAUCCGCAGUGGACCGAAUGGCGUCUUUGUCUUUGAAGGUAAGGGAACUGUCGAUUCCGUUCGCCAGGCCCUGAAGGAGGUCGCACAACAAGUUGGAUCCAAGCAAUCCGUCCGUGUUCCUAUUCCUACCUCCGCACGAGCUCACAUCAUUGGUCGCCAAGGUGCCGUGGUUCAAGAUAUUCAGUCCCGCACCGGUGCCCGUGUUCAGGUCCCCCGGGCUGAUGGAAAUGCCGCUGCCACCGAGGAUGAUGACGAUACCAUUGACGUUCUGAUUGAAGGUGAUGCCGUCGCUGCCGAGAUGGCGCGUCGAGAAAUUGAGGCGAUUGUCAAGGAGCGCGGCUCGAACAUGAGCUUCCGCUUGAAGACCGUCCCCCCAGAGUUCUUCCCGUUCAUUGCGGGUGCUCACGAUGCGGCAUUGCGCCAGAUUGAGGAGCGAACCAAGGCACAGAUCAAUAUUCCCCGUUACGACACUUGGACCCUGCAGCCCCCACCCCAGGAGGCCCAGCCCGGCCAGGUGCAAUUUGUGCCUGUUGCGGAUAAGCAUAUUCUCAUUUCUGGAGAGCGUGCCGCGGCUCAGGAAGCCCGUGUGGAGAUUGAGCGUUUGGCGGCUGAUUUGCAGCAAAAGCUGACCCUCCGCCAAUUGGCCAUCAACCGCGGCCAGCACCAGUUCAUCCUUGGAAACGAGGCUGAUGCUUUGCACCAAUUUGUUGCACAGACUGGUUGUGCUAUUAUUCUACCCCCUACCUCAGAUGACAGCGAGUUCCUCACUAUCACUGGUCCUGUGGACCAGAUCGAAGCUGGUAUCAACCACGCGAUGGAUCUUGCGACUAGCAUGCAAAUGUCAAGCAUUGACUUGUCUCGUCAACACCCCACUGCCCCUGCUGGUCCUCACGCCCACGCACGUGCUUUGACCCAAUACCUGCAACGUCGCCAGGUGAUCAAACAGCUUGAGUCUGCUUAUGAUGCCCAUAUCGCACUCUCCCCGAGUGUCGAGGGUCCCGUGGCCUGGGAGGUAUACUCUCGUGAUGGUAAGAACACCAUCCGUGCUCGCUCGGACAUCAUGAACCUCGUCCAAGCCCACCCUCCGUCUCGUCUCCGUCAUGUGCCGGUGGAUCCAUACUUCCACCCUUACCUGCGGUCCCGUGGCGCGAGCAAGCUUCAGGAUGACUAUGGUGUUCAUCUCCUUGUGCCAGAAGAUAUCAACAGCACCGAGGUUGUGCUUGUCUACGAGGGCCCUACCUCCACUGCUGCCAACUUUGAGGUCCCAAGACAGCGUCCAGCCCCCGCAGAGGUAGCCGAGUUCGAAAAGUCCUUGCUGGAGGCUCAGGCUUUCUUGUUGAGCACACUUGGAAACCAGAGUGACAUUGUUGGAGGGUCGGCCUCUGUCCCUGCCAAGUACCAGGAGAAGGCCCGCAAGUUCAUCAUCCGUGAACAGGACGCCAAGGGCGAGGAUAGCAUCCCCGUACGCGCUAUCAUUGGUGAGCCUAAGGCCUCCAAGUGUGAAGUCUCUCUGCGUGGACCCUCUGAAUUGGUUUCCGAGCUCGCUUCCAAGCUCGAGGCGUUCGUUGUGGAACAGGAGCAGGAUGACUUGGAGCGUGGUUACACGAACACCUUUGACUUCCCCCAGAAGUACGCUAACUUCUUGAUCGGAAAGCGUGGUGAGAACAUCAACAAGCUGCGCGAGGAAUUCGAUGUGGACAUCAAGGUUGAGAACGGCAAGGUUGAGGUCAAGGGUCCUAAGGCCAAGGCCGAUGCUACCCGUAUGCGUAUUAUCAACAUGGGCAAGAAGUGGGAAGAUGAGACUACCCACGUCCUUAAGAUUCCCGCACAAUACCACCGUGAGCUUAUCGGACAGCGGGGUGCCCUUGUGAACCGCCUGCAGGACCGCUACUCUACUCGCGUUCAGUUCCCUCGUGCAGCUGCUUCUACUGAUGAGCAGUCAGUUGGUGAGACUAGCAGCGAUGCUGGUGUUGCCCGCAACCGCCCCCAGCAGGCCGCUGAUGAGGUUCUGGUCAAGGGACCUAGCAAGGGCGCAGAUGCCACUCGUGAUGAGAUCCUUAGCUUACUGCAAUGGGUUAUUGAUCACUCACACAGUGCUAAUAUCUCGGUCGCCCAAAGUCAGGUUGCCUCCCUGAUCGGUCAACGUGGUCGGGAGAUGGACAAGGUCCGAGCAGACACCGGAGCUCAGAUUGAUGUUCCUGCCGCUAAUGAUGCAGCGGAUGCAUCUGGUCGUGUCCAGAUUCGUGUCAAGGGUACUAAGCAGCAGGUGGCCGAGGCCAAGAAGAUCCUGCAGCAGCGCGCCACUGACUUCGAUGCUACUGUGACCAAGUCUAUUGAGGUCGAGAAGAAAUAUCACAAGGCCCUGAUCGGCGGUGGUGGUGCCAAUAUCCGCAAGAUUGUGAUUGAUGCUGGUGGCCCCAGUGAUGGCAGCGCUGCUCGUAUGGUCCGAUUCCCCAAGGCCGAUAGCACUGAAUCUACAAUUCGCCUCGAGGGUGAUGGAAAGAUUGUGGACAGUAUCAUUGCAGCCAUUGAGGAGUUCGUCAAGGAGCGUGCGGACCAGGUCUCUGAGACCCUUGAUGUUCCCACUGCCCAGCACCGUCUACUGAUCGGUCGUGGAGGUGAUACUCGUCGUGGUAUUGAGUCAAAGUUUAACGUCACCUUGGACAUUCCUAAGCAAGGUUCUGGUCGCACUGAUGUUAAACUCAAGGGCGCCAGCGGUGCUGUUGCCGAGGCAAAGGAGCACAUCCAGGGCAUGAUGAAGGAUCAACACGCCGAGACUGCAUUUGUGCCAACUCACUUGCACCACGCCAUCGCCGACAACGGCGCUUUCUUCCGCCGUCUGCGCAGUGACCACCAUGUCACUGUUGACCACGCCGGCAAGGCUGUACCUAGAGACUCGCAGCUCCGCCAACGGCAACUCUCUCCCCUGAUCACCGAUGAUCCCAGCGAGUCUGCGGACGCCCACUCCUGGAGCGUAGUUGACAACAGCAUCUCUGCUGAUGUUGACAUCACUCCCUUCCCAUGGGUUUUGAGUGGCUCCCCAGAGAAUGUCACCAAGGCUCGCGCGGCGAUUAUCAAGGCCUUGGAAUCUGCUUCCCAACAGUCCGCCACUGGCUACCUGAUCCUGCCAGACCCCAAGACCUACCGUUACGUCGUUGGUCAAGGCGGUAGUCAGAUCAACGCCAUCCGGAAGAAGACCGGCUGCCGUAUCAACGUGCCUAAGGACCAAGCCCGUGGCGAGGCCAUUGAGAUCCGCGGUAGCUCGGCUGGGUUGGAAGAAGCCAAGCAGAUGAUCUUGGAGGCUGUCCAGAAUGGCUUGAAUGGUUCUGCGUCUACUCGCUAA